AGUCAUAUUGUUAUCAUAAUGUUUGUGUGGGUGUGCCUCUCUUUUCUUAUACAUAUGAAUGUGUGUCCUUGUAUGUGAGUUUUUGUUAUUGUCGCUAUCCAUUAGCUGGCGGCUGUUUAAUUCGUGCUCGUGUGUAUAUGUGUUGUUGUCUAAGACAAUUUGAAUCUUGUUAUGUGUACCAGCACCACUUUGCCUUUAUUUCACUAUGCCUCGCUCAUAAAUUCAAUAUGUCGUAACCACCUGCAAAUAUAAGUUGGAAAAAUCUUGCGCAAAAGGUACGUGCACUUCAUCUCACGCCAAUCGGUGUUCAUACAUUUAGGAGUUAUUUGUUUUCAAUUAUGUCGUACAGCAGUGUUUUGUGAGUUGAUCCCCUACUAGUGUGCGUUUGCCUAACUAAUAAUGGUAUAGUGAGUAGUAUGGUUUAAAAACUGCGAAUCCUUAUGAUUUUAUCGAGCACAAUAAAACAUACAACAAUAUUAAAUGUAAAUGCAUAUAGCAUCAACAACGGUAUAAAAAAUAGGUGGUUUUGUUUAUGUUGUGUGGACAAGUUCUCGAAAUAGGCGUGAAUUCGGUAACGAAAAUUGCACGUUAAGGGACAGUGAGUGUUAUCCGUUUUAAUUCCGGUGUUUCUAUUCGUGCUUGACCUACAUGUUUUGAUGGACUGUGCGCACCACCAACCCGUUCAGUGAUGGUAGAUGGUUACGUGAACAAAAAGAACUACUAACGGAAAGGUUGAUGUGCGAGUGUGUAGGUGUGAGCUUUACCACGAUUCCGGUAUUCACAAAUUGGUUGCCACCAUCCUUCACUAAAAACAUCACCUUCUCCACCACAACUACCACCAGCAUCUUCACCAUCACUGUAACUGCACCAAAUGUCAGUAGAGUCCGACUCAUCAGUUAGCAGCAUGUCGCUAUUCUUCUUUCGGUUGCACAAUCUCCAGCGCGAGGAGGCGAACAAAAAGCGCAAAAAGCAACAACAGCAGCAACAACAGCAGCAGCGCCAACGUCAACGACGUGGUGCCAAAGUCUUCCGGGGUGUGUCCUGCAAUUCUGGCUUCAGCCACCUGACGCUCGGACCGUCGCGGCUUUUCGAGAAGACGCCCAUGAGCCCGUCCGACAGUCUCGACGAGAUCGCGUUGCAGAUCCCCAGAGUACGGGUAGAAUAUUAUGUAAAUGAAAACACAUUCAAAGAAAGACUGCAACUAUAUUUUAUAAAGAAUCAAAGAUCAAGUUUAAGGAUCCGUAUCGCUAAUUUAUUCUUUAAGUUGUUAACCUGCAUACUGUAUAUAUUUCGGGUAGUUACAGAUCUGAAUCCAACGUUUGCAACCUGUUACGGCUGUAAAGUGGGCAACAAGACGGAAUUCUUGUGGUCGGCAACACGGACCGAAGAAGCGUUCCAGGAAGAUCCCAUCAUCAAUUGGGACGCGAUCCUGUGGGUGAAUCGGCCUACCGAGCUUUGGGCAGUACAGUUAGUGCUGGCACUUGUUUCACUCACAGAGGCGCUCCUCAUGGCGUACCUCGGAUAUAAGGGCAACAUCUGGCAGCAAAUUUUAUCGUUUCAUUUUAUUCUGGAACUCGUUACAACGAUACCAUUCGCAGUGACGAUUUUAUGGCCCCCAUUCAGGAACUUAUUCAUUCCAGUGUUUCUGAAUUGCUGGCUUGCUAAGCGAUCGCUGGAGAACAUGUUUAAUGAUCUCCAUCGAGCGAUGCAAAAGUCGCAAUCGGCACUGUCGCAACAACUAACGAUACUGUCAGCGACUCUACUGUGUCUAGUAUUCACAAGCGUUUGCGGUAUACAGCACUUUCAACGGGCGGGCCAUCGACAUCUCAAUCUGUUUCAGAGCACCUAUUAUGUGGUGGUAACAUUUUCGACCGUUGGGUAUGGUGACUUUGUGCCUGAUAUUUGGCCCUCUCAGCUUUUCAUGGUCAUCAUGAUCUGUGUAGCACUUAUAGUACUUCCAACGCAAUUUGAACAGUUGGCGUUCACGUGGAUGGAGCGACAGAAGCUGGGAGGCAGUUACUCCUCUCACCGAGCGCAAAGUGAGAAGCACGUCGUCGUUUGUUCGACCACGCUACAUGCCGACACUAUCAUGGACUUCCUAAACGAGUUUUACGCUCAUCCACUGCUGCAGGACUAUUAUGUCGUGCUGCUCAGUCCGAUGGAACUCGACACAACUAUGCGAAUGAUACUGCAGGUGCCGAUCUGGGCUCAACGCGUCAUCUACAUCCAGGGCUCCUGUCUCAAAGAUGGGGAUCUGGCACGGGCACGCAUGGCUGAAGCCGAGGCGUGUUUCAUUCUAGCCGCCCGCAGCUACGCCGACAAGACGGCCGCGGACGAACACGCUAUUCUGCGCUCCUGGGCCGUGAAGGACUUCGCACCCAAUAUCCCGCAGUAUGUGCAAAUUUUCCGGCCAGAGAAUAAACUGCAUGUAAAGUUUGCUGAGCAUGUCGUCUGUGAGGAUGAGUUCAAAUAUGCACUGCUCGCUAACAACUGCACAUGCCCCGGAGCGAGCACACUCGUCACACUGUUGCUACACACGUCACGAGGACAGGAAGGCCAACAGUCAGCGGAAGAGUGGCAUCGGUUGUACGGCAAGUGUUCAGGCAAUGAGAUUUAUCACAUCGUGCUCGGAGACAGCCGGUUUUUCGGCGAAUAUGAAGGGAAAAGUUUCACCUACGCCAGUUUUCAUUCCCAUCGCAAAUACGGAGUGGCCUUAGUCGGAGUGCGACCCGCGGAGCUGCCCGAGUUCUAUGAAGACACAAUACUGCUCAAUCCCGGACCUCGUCAUAUCAUGAAAAAGGAUGACACUUGCUACUACAUGAGCAUUACCAAGGAGGAAAACUCGGCCUUUGUGGUGAACCAGAACCAAAAUCAAAGUCCCGAUCAACCUCCGAAAGAAGUAAACGCGAACAACAACAACAACAACAACAACAACAGUAACAACAACCACAACAUCAACAACAACACCAUCGGUGCCGGAGGUGGCUCAGUGCCUCCUAUGGCCCCAGUGCCUUCGGUCUGUGUACGCGUGCCGCAUAGUCCCAGUCUCAAUUCAACCAACUCCGACAGUCCUGGCUCAGCGCGGGCCAUUAACAAGAUGGGCGGUCACGACUUCACGACACUGGCCGUGCCAACAACCUACACGGAAAACACCACUACAGGGGGAAGCAAUGCAGCGGCGAGCGCUACAGCCCUCAACAGCGCCAUCAAUAUAUCGGACUCCAAGCCCAACCUCAAGGACAGUGCGGCUGCAUCCUUAGCGGGGACUACGCAUACCACCACAACCACUACGACCCAAUCAACGCUGGGACCUCCAACCAUCUCAUCCGCGAACCAUCUCGAGAUACCUAGUGGCAACAAUCCAAACCUGCUCAGUCCCGACAUCCUCAAUCAACGAAGAGGUAGUCGAAGACCAUCGAUUCUACCGGUACCGGACAUGUUCACGUCGUCAUCGUUUAGUAUCUCUGGCGAGGACGGCAUUGACGGUGAGGACAAUGAGAGUGACGACGAGAUCGACGAUGACGUGCCCUGGCGGUCUCCGUCGGAGAAAAUUGCUUGCGGAAGUGCAGAUCUUUCGCUCCUGCAAACGGUAUCGCUCGGUCUGAGUUCAUCCGGCGAAUCGAAAUGUUGUAGUUCGACAUCUGAUACGAAAGAUUCAACUCACACACCCCCUGCAUGGCAUACUGACUGUUCCCGGAUUGUGAAAGGGUUUCCACCGGUUUCACCCUUCAUUGGCGUAAGUCCAACGUUGUGUUUUCUACUCAAGGAAAAGAAACCUCUCUGCUGCCUACAACUUGCUCAAGUCUGCGAACACUGUAGUUAUAGAAACGCAAAGGAAUACCAAUGGCAAAACAAAACCAUAAUUCUAGCAGCAGAUUAUGCGUCCAAUGGCAUUUACAACUUUAUUAUUCCGUUAAGGGCACACUUUCGUUCGAAAACAUCACUCAAUCCGAUCAUCCUGUUGCUUGAACGACGGCCAGACAUUGCUUUCCUGGAUGCUAUUUCCUAUUUCCCGCUGGUAUACUGGAUGUUGGGUUCGAUCGACUGCCUAGACGAUCUACUUCGAGCCGGUAUUACUUUGGCGGAGAACGUCGUCGUCGUGAACAAGGAACUAUCCAACUCGGCCGAAGAAGACACCCUUGCUGACUGUAAUACCAUCGUUGCUGUGCAGACUAUGUUUAAAUUUUUCCCAAGCAUCCGUAGCAUCACCGAACUAUCACAGAGCUCAAAUAUGAGGUUCAUGCAGUUCCGUGCUCAUGACAAAUAUGCACUGCAUCUCAGCAAAAUGGAGAAGCGGGAGAAGGAGCGUGGCUCACACAUAUCAUACAUGUUCCGGUUACCGUUUGCCGCUGGCAACGUGUUCAGUGCUUCAAUGUUGGAUACGCUGCUUUAUCAAGCCUUCGUAAAGGAUUAUGUGAUUACAUUUGUGCGGCUUCUGCUCGGUAUCGAUCAAGCACCGGGCAGUGGGUUCCUCACUUCGAUGAAGAUCACGAAGGAUGAUAUGUGGAUACGUACGUACGGCCGCUUGUAUCAAAAGCUCUGCUCCACCACAUGCGAAAUUCCGAUUGGUAUCUACCGUACCCAGGACACGUCCAGUGCGGAUGCAUCACAUGUGAGUAAUUCGCCAGUCGCCGAAAAAUGGCAUCCGUUUGGAUCUUUCGGGACCUUUAAACAUUGUGUGCGGUUGCGACCAUCGCGAGGACUUUGCCAUGCAAGCAACGCCACGAACCUAUCAAAAUAUGAAGAGGAAGUGGUUACGACCACUGCCACCGCUAGCAGCACCUCGGCCAGCGGCAUACCGAUCAAGGGUGUUGCGGAAGCGAACCUCCGGGGUGUAACGUACCGCCCGCCGCCGGCCACAAUCCGCAAAUCAUCGUCCUGUCUGGGUGGAUGCUCCGCCCGUAAAGGAUCGAGCUACUCAAUCAAUAUGGCCGAUGAGGCGCGUGACAAUCAUGUGCAGCAGAUCGAACGGGCCGAGAUCGCUAAUCUGGUGCGCAGUCGGAUGGAGUCACUAAAUCUCCCAAGCAUCGAUUAUGACGACGUAAGCGAAAAGCGUAACCAUUUGUCGUACGUCAUCAUCAACCCAUCGUGCGAUCUGAAGUUAGAGGAGGGCGAUAUCAUCUACCUGGUGCGACCCUCUCCUUUCUCAGCCCAGAAAACGUUCGAGCGGCACAAUUCGCGCCGAAAAUCCAACAUAUCAUUCUGCUCCAACAUCAAUCUGGCGGCGGCGGCGGCCGGUUCACGGCGCGGUUCCGGCAUCGGCCUGAAUACCAUCGGUGGACCUCAGCCGAUGUCAGGUUACGUAACGCCCCGGGCGCCUCCGCUGGUCACAACAAAAUCGAAUUCUCUGUCUCUUCCAGAUAGUCCUAAUGCAAUGGGACAGAUGCGGGGAAGGAGCAACUCCUUGAGGAUUGACAGCGACAUCCUACUGAGACGCUCCAACUCACUGCGACAGGGACUACCGAACAUCGGGGCAUCGGGACGUCGGAAGUCAUCGUUGGAGGAGAUUGGCAUUAGCCACUUUGCAACACUCAUGCAGGCAACAAAUCACUCGAACCCAAUCAAGAUUGCUCUGAACGGUAGCAUUGGAUUAGAGGUAACUCCUCCAGAAGAACCGCUACCAAUCAUCGGUGUACCCUGUAUGAGCGGUGGCAUCAACCCAUCCACUCUCGGAGGUCCCGGCUCCGGGUUGGGAGGAUCGACUCUCGGUGGUUCCACACUUGGUGGUUCUUCACUCGGUCUAAGCACCGCGAUAGAGUCCAAUAAUAGCGCCUCAACACCGAACAUCCAGAUGCAGAACGAAUCCUCCCAGCAGCCGCAACAUUUGCAUGGUACGAUAGUAUGAUAUAACUUAAUGUGGGGCCGUAGGCUCCGCUCGGCGGUACGCAACAACAAGUGGAUAUAGAGAUAGCCAAAUACACUUCGCUAUAGUCGUAGGUAUUAGUGUGUAGACGGACGGAAGUAACUAUCUAUACCUUGCCUCCAUGUCCACACAUUAUCAUUAUCAUCAGCUCCCUGAAGUCCCAUUCUCAGCCUUACGGGUCAGAGCUUAACAACGAGUUUUUGUAUUGCCCCUUAUCCUGUAGUGAUCGGCAAAGGCUAACGUGGGCUUCUCGAUCAAUAGCAUUCAACGAAUAUGUGAACAUGAAGCUAGAGAAAUGAUCGUAUGUACCAUCGACAUGAAAGCAACCUGCUCGUUUUCAUGGUAGAUGCUAGGCACCGUUGACAAAUAACAUUUAGCUUAAAGUUACUAAUAAAAACCUACCAACAGCUGGACAAAAAAAGUGGACCGAAGAAAACAUAAAUGGUGAAUUUUGUACUUACGAUUGAUGCUAAUUUUAGCGUCACAAAUGAAGGACACUAGUAACUAGUACUUCUACUAUUAAUACUAGGGAUACUUAAACAAAACGUUACAUUUAAAAGGAGGAAAAAUAACCCGCACACGGUGUAAGACAUAUAGAGAAAGAGAGAGAGAGAGAGAGAAAGAGAGAAAGAGAGAGCGAGAAAUAGAGAAAGAAAGCAUAAAUUCGUGUAGAAGUCAAGGCUGUCCUUAACUCUAUCUGUUAAUUCUACGUGUUGGAGCAUUCUGUACAUACUCGGCCAAUGGAUAACGAAUGGAACACAAAACACGAAUAGAAUGUCAACAAAAUUAACGAUAACGUGGUUCGAGAGGUUGUAACAUACGCACAUUGUCAUAAUUCUUCGAUGACAAUGGCACCAACUGCUCGGAUAAAAGAGGUAGAAUGCGAUUUACGAAUUAAUGAAACGUGAUUCAUAUCAAUCGCACAUGUUUUACUGUAUAUAUAGCGAUAAUGUAGUACGUAUAAAUCAAAUCUUCAAUUGCUAUACUUUUGUUUAUUUAUUUUCCAAUCAGAUAUAAGUUUGGAAAGGUUGAUAAAGUCAUUUCAUAGAACGAACCUUUAGCGAAUUUGCGCCUAUAUAUUCAAUACUAAGCGGUCCAAUGUAGAGAAAAUAACAGUAGAUAGCGACGCACACUGCACACUCAGAGUGAGGCAAAUAGUAUAAGUUUAAUGAUAAUUGACGACAAGGAAUGUUGGGCACUAAUUUGUUUGUUCAUUUUACUGAUCGAGCAGAGGGGCGAUCGGAAAACAUAUAACCAAACCACAACUGUUUUACAUAAAAUGUACGUGCGGUUAUCCUUCCGUGAAAUGAAAAAUCACGCAAAACAUCACGGUAGAAGCAAUGCGUCGAAAUAUCAAGCUUAAAAAAUUGUUACUAUAUUUUAAACUGUUGCAACUCAUCUCAAAUUAAAAAGUAUUGAGCAAAGUUUUCAUCUUUUGCAUUUUCUAAGACAACCUGUAAGACAGGAAGUAAUAAAAGAAAAUUAGAAAUAGGACAAAUGCACCUUUCCCAGCUAAGAUGAGAGAUAGAACUGAAGAACAACAAAACCACCAACAAAUUUGGCAGAAAGCAACCUAUAUUUACUAACACUCGUUGCUCGUCGCUCUGGACAUUUUGUUGAAAGGUAGCUUCACGUCUUGGAAGACUCAGUUACGUUUAUCUUCCGAAUGCUCGGUAUUGGUUACUGUUUCGGAAAAUGUAUAUCAUGCCUUUAUAUUGUUUGGAAGCGGUCCUAAAAGCACCAGAAAUAUUUUUAAAACUGAAAGAAACCAAACACGUUGAAGAUGAUGGUAGGGUGGAUACAAAUGGAUUCAUAUACCUAAAUAUAUAUUUUUCUAACCCAAUUGUGAACACGAUCGCGAAGGUAACUUUGUUGCUUUCAUUCACACGAGCAUUAUAUUCAGGAGAGAUAAAAAUUUAAAAAAAUACAUUAGCACAUACCUGGACGAGGAUAAAGUUGUACAUAGGAACGAAAGUAGGCAGUAGGCUGUAUAAAAAAAUAUAAUCUGGCUCAUGCUUUUGUACUGGUAAUCAUGUCGGUAGGAACGGAAAAUCACCUAGUUAAAUCAUUUUAAUCUUUACGUGAUGCUUGAAAUGCGUUAACAGGGAUCAUUCAAUUAUUAUGUAACUCUAGAAGGGGAGGGGGUUGAAUUUUUAAUGCAUGCAUUAAAAAUCGCAGCUAUGCAACACACGAUCGAGAGUGUCAGUAAGUAGGAUGGAAAGUAAUGUAUUAUUCGUCUCUUUUCUUUCGUAAAUUUCUCCAUGAUUGUCCGGUAAAAAUCUCCAAAAACAAUUCUUUAACACAAAAAGAGCAUUACCACGGAAAAAGGUAUCAUUCGAUAAAUAAUUUCAAAAGCAAUUAUUUAUUAUUUAUAAAAAUAAUCUCGGUAUGCACACAUCUCAAGAAACAUUUAUAAAAUUUAUUUUAUAUUUAUAAACAUGGAUUUACAAAAAUUAAGCAGAACCUAUCUAUACUUUUCCAGCAAAUACUGUGAUACGAUCGUUUAACAAAACGGCAGAUCAAAAGUAUAGAGCAGGCCCAUUAACAUAACAAAACCUGUUAAGCCUUUUUUUAAUUGUUGUGUUAGGAGAAGGGUAGGGAAGGGAGAAGGUUCAACAAACUAUUACGUACAUAACGGGGGGUGGAGGGGAUGCUUCCAGCGUUACGUUUGGUUACGAAAGGGAAGGAGGGGUCAAAAAUUAACAAUUUUUGCGUUAUUUAAUAGUUGAAUCAUCCCUAAGAAAAAGUUUAUUCUUUGAUUUUUCACAUUCAAUUUUCAUACCGAACCUUAAAUAAAAUUUAUAAUCCAACCAAGCGGGGCGAAUCUGAGCGCUUUACUUGACGUAAGAAAAAAUCAUCGCUUUGGUAUACUGUAAACGCUUUACACAAUGUCAUAGAAAAAUUUCGAUGGCUACUAGAACGUAUCAGGAUGAGUUUGAGAUGGCAGGUGUAGAAUUUUCUCAGGAUAGCCUUCAGGAGCAGGAAUUGCGCAUGAGUGAUCAUGAGAAUUACCGUAGGCAUUAUUAUGGACCUUGUUCGGAAGUAAUAAAAUAACAAACGGGUUAAAGUGUCGGGAAUUGUAACAUAAACCUAACGAACUAGCCAACUAACACUUCUCAACGUGUCAGCAAGCGGACGAUAGUGAAUGAAAGAAAUACAAAGACAGAAAGGAAAUAAAACAAAAUUACAAUUGUAAGUACGUAGAGUACUGGGGAAAAUGCGAAAAGUCAAUGGAAAAAGAAAGCAUAGCGCCACGCUCGUGGCCCCACACCCGAUCGCACUAGUGGUAAAGCGUGAAUGAUAUAAGGUGGAAAGAGAAAAAAAGGAGAAUGCACCUAGCAAGAAUUAUACACUAAAGUAAGCGAGCUCUCUAUACGUUCGAAUAACUGAACAAGAUUCCUUAAUGCUUAAAGGAUUUGAGGUAAGGAACACAGCCGUUACAACUACUGAAAAUGCCUUAGGAAUGGAAUGACAUGUGUCAAGUAUUAAAAUGAAUAUAAAAACAACUGCAAUUCCUUGGAAGUCAUGUUCAAAGCGAUCGAGAGAUUAAGAACAAAUGUGCAAGGCCACAAGUGAUGGAGAGUCAGACAGAGUUAAUGGAAGAAAAAAAGCAUAAUAUACAAAUAGAAUUGAACGCAAAACGCAACUGAUAUUAAGCUUAACAAAUUUAGAUUUUGAUCUCCUUUUUUCUACUGUUAAUCGCACCCAACAAGAAAAGCGCACUACAUACACAUGCGGCAUGCUUACAUUAAGAAUAUUUAAAUACAAAUUUUGUCAUUUCGUUCUCGCACCAAAACGUCUCUCCCAUUAACUUGAAUCAAGUAUUUUACAGUAUGAAUCGCACAUAAGUAAACGUAUAGGGUUCAAUUUUAACAUGUUAGAACGUACGGGUAGAAAUUUUCCAUUUUUUGAUAUUGUGCUUACCGUUCGAUUCGAUUUUCUGUCCACACUUUAGCUCUGACUCCCCCUGUACAUUUUAACAUCGCCAUCCAAUACCGGGAAAAUCCCUGUUAAACAAUAACAAAAAAUGACGAGUACGAUAGAAAAUAGUAAUAAACCACUUAAAAGAAGUCUUUGUUCAUAUCAACAAAAAAAACUAACGCAUUUAUUAACUCUUGAUAGAUUCUAAAAUAAAGAUUUGUUUAAAAUAAA